AUGUCGGAUGGAGGGUUGCCAUACGGCGUGACACUGCACAAGUUCACUAGACAUUCGGAUAGGUUUAUCCGACGGAUACUCCUGAUACUGUGUCUACUCACUAUCCUGUGUAUUGUUACCUUCGUGUUGAAACAGCAAUAUGAGCACAGCCCAGCUUCCCUUCUCAAAGAACACGAACAAGAAAAUAUAAACGUUCAUUAUUAUAACAAACCGCCAUCAGUUUCGCCUCAAUCAUUCAGUAAAUGUCACGAUCGCUGCUCAAUGACAUAUGGCGAAAAUGAUUACAAAGAUAAGAAAGUUGUUAUUUUUCACGGGCCAGAUCUACAUGGGAAACCGCCGAUGAAAUAUCGUGAACAAAUCUGGAUUAUGCAAGCCAUGGAACCACCAGUUACAUUUGCACACCGAUUAGCACAAUGGAAACGGGUAUUUAACUGGACGCUGGUACAUCGUCGAGAUGCAGAUAUUUUCUCCCCUUACGGAUCGUUUGCGCCAAUAAGGUCAAAGUCUGAUAUUGACAACCGACCGAUUCGUUGGACAAAAAAGGAUAGGAUGGCAGCAUGGUUCGUGUCAAACUGUAAAACACACAGUCGUCGACAAGAAUAUGUCCACAAUCUACAGCAGUACACUGACGUUCAUAUUUACGGCAAAUGCGGCAACAUGACCUGUCCCCGUUCUAUUCAUAACGAUUGUCUGGAUCAGCUAAAGGAUCAUUAUUUGUUUUAUUUGUCCUUCGAAAAUAGUUUAUGUGCGGAUUACAUCACAGAGAAAGUAUAUCGACUAAUGCAGGAUGGGCUUGACGUCAUACCUGUUGUUAGGGGAACGGGGGACCUGUACAAGCUGCACCUCCCACCCGGCUCAUUUAUAAGUGCGCAUGACUACACUAUAGAAGGAUUGGCAAAGACAAUGAAAUCCGUUUCAAAAAGUAAGGAAGAGUUCAUGAAACAUUUUGUUUGGCGGCAACAUUACAACGCGGAGGAAAUAGAUUUAUACUACUGUGAUCUUUGUAAGAAGCUACACAAGGCCAACCGUUACAAACGCUUGUAUGAAUCGAUUACGGAUUGGACAAAUGACCAUCCAGACAAUAGGAACUGCAGAGAACCCACUGACAUUGAGAAUCGUUAA